CGGGAGGAGGAGGUUAAUAACAGGCUCUGUGUAUGUGUUUGUGUGUCAAUGUUACUGCCCUUCACUUCUUCAUUGUCUGCUGCUGGAAGCGUCGCUCCUUCGCCUGUUUCCCCCGUUUCUUCCUUAGAGAGAAGCCCUUUCCCCGAGAGAGAAAUUUUAUGAAUAAGCAUCAGAAGCCGGUGCUAACAGGCCAACGGUUCAAAACUAGGAAGAGGGAUGAAAAGGAGAAAUUCGAACCCACGGUUUUCCGGGAUACAAUCGUCCAAGGUCUCAACGAAGCUGGUGAUGACUUGGAAGCUGUAGCCAAAUUUCUGGAUGGAACAGGCUCAAGGCUAGAUUAUCGCCGCUAUGCCGACACCCUCUUUGACAUCUUAAUAGCUGGCAGCAUGCUAGCGCCAGGAGGGACAAGAAUAGAUGACAAUGACAAGACUAAGAUGACCAAUCACUGUGUGUUUUCCGCACAAGAAGAUCACGAUGCCCUCCGACAUUAUGCUCAGGUCUUCAAUAAACUCAUCAGGAGAUACAAAUAUUUGGAGAAAGCAUUUGAAGAUGAAAUUAAAAAGCUCCUGUUAUUCCUUAAAGCCUUUUCUGAAACGGAGCAGACAAAGUUGGCAAUGCUCACCGGAAUCUUGCUAGCCAACGGGACACUUCCUGCUACCAUUUUAACAAGCCUUUUCACUGACAAUAUUGUCAAAGAAGGUAUUGCAGCUUCUUUUGCUGUCAAGCUUUUUAAAGCCUGGAUGCUAGAAAAAGAUGCCAAUUCAGUUACCUCCUCUUUAAGAAAAGCUAACUUAGAUAAGAGGUUGCUAGAACUGUUUCCUCCCAACCGGCAGAAUGUGGAUCAUUUUGCAAAAUACUUCACUGAUGCCGGACUCAAAGAGCUUUCAGAUUUCCUUCGAGUUCAGCAGUCACUGGGGACGAGGAAAGAGCUGCAAAAGGAACUCCAGGAGCGCCUUUCUCAGGAAUGUCCCAUUAAAGAGAUGGUGCUUUACGUGAAAGAAGAAAUGAAGAGGAACGAUCUUGCAGAACCAGCAGUGAUUGGACUCCUCUGGUCCUGUAUAAUGAAUGCUGUUGAAUGGAACAAGAAAGAAGAGUUGGUUGCUGAGCAGGCACUUAAACAUUUGAAGCAAUAUGCACCUUUGCUGGCUGUUUUCAGCACCCAGGGCCAGUCAGAGUUGAUCCUACUUCAGAAGGUUCAGGAAUACUGCUAUGAUAACAUCCACUUUAUGAAAGCCUUUCAGAAGAUUGUGGUGCUCUUUUAUAAAGCGGAUGUCCUAAGUGAAGAGGCCAUCUUGAAAUGGUAUAAAGAGGCACAUCUUGCUAAAGGCAAAAGCGUUUUCCUUGACCAGAUGAAGAAAUUUGUUGAGUGGCUGCAGAAUGCUGAGGAAGAAUCAGAAUCUGAAGGGGAAGAAAACCAAGAUGGCUGAAUGAAGCACAAAACUAAAGUUACAGCUAAUUGCGUCUUGGGGGAUUUUGUACCGUUCACACAAAAGACUCUUACUUCAAUGUCAUACCGAAAACUUUAGCCAGGCUUUCCUUUUGUUUAGAAGAAUAAAAUGUGGAGCCCUGCAAUGUUAGAUGCUGUACUUGAAACUCUCCUUCUGGCACAUCGUACACUAAUGUAGGCCAGGGGCAUUCAGCAAGGAGACAUUUAGGAGAACAGAACUAAAUUACUUCAGGACUCCUUUUUAUUAGUAUCUUUCAGGUACUUUGGUGUCUGUCCGUAGGGUUGUUCGAUCUGUGCGUGUAGCUCAAUGCUUGUGUAUGUGAUUUGACAUGGCCACAUUUUUUGGAAUUAAAUGGCUUUUAUAUCUUAAAUCAUGCUACUACACAUUGUUUGUUUCAGAAGUGGCUAAACUAGUUUUGGAAUUCUUCAGGCAGGUGCCAGAAAGCUCAAGACUGCACUUUAUUUUAUUGACAUGGCAAGCAACUUCUCUAUUUGUUUGCAUGGAGAGUUUCCACACUUGGAUUUGACAUCUUCAGGAACGUGUGACCUUGAUGUUGAAACUCUGAGUCUUUGGGGGCUCCCAUUUAAGAACCAAUGGCAAUGCAUUUGCAUUACCAGAAUUAGGCGAUAGUUUGCCAUAUGGAUAAAUAACAUGGUUGAGUAUGAUCCAGAUGUUAUUAUAUGUUAUUGAAACCCAAGGUGAGGAAUGCUGGGAGUGAUAUCUCAAAGGCUGCCUGAUUUGGACCCCAAUGUAGAAUAUCAGUAAGGCUUCUGUAUGACAAGGAAGCCUAUAUGGUAGAUAAAUUGGAAUGAGUAGAGGGUGGAGGUUCGUUUCACAUUAUUAGAUUUCAUUCCAUUAUGAGUUUGAAGCUUGUCUAAGCAAUCAAUUGCAACAUGUCUAAUCAAUUAAAAACCUUUGUUGAUUAAAAGCC